AUGAUCGUCAAAAUUUUCAGUGUAGCCUUGUUGCUAAUUUGUUGUGAAGCAAGAAUUAUACCAGUAUAUGAAGAGUCUGAACUAAGGAAUGCUACUCUUGCAUCAGUUCCGGUAACUAUUCCUACACAAAUUCAAGAAAAUAUCGAAAAUAUACCGAAGAAUACUACAACGACAUCCACUGAAACUCCAGAUUCAUCGCCUGCUCCGGAUCAAACUCAACCAGACAUUCAAAGUAUACCAAAAAGUACUGUAAUGAGAUCCACUGUAACUCCCGUACCAGUCCCAGGAAAUUUUCCUGUUCAAAGCCAAUUUAUUCCUACAUUGAGGCAAGAUCAAUUAGCUCCGUUACAUAGUCAUGUUUACCAACUCCAACCAUUCUCAAUUAUUCCUUCACCGUUGGCAAGGAGUUUUUCUACGGUUGGGUCAACGUAUUUUGCUCAGGAUUUGGGCCUAGCUUCUGCUCCACAUGCUACACAAUACGAGGAACAUAACAUACUUUGCACUGUUCUAUUGGUGGCUUGCGCCCAAGCUGCCCACGAGGCCUUGUCCACAGUAUCCUUCAACGACCAUCAUAACACGGUGCAUCACAUUCACUCAGCUCCAUCUAUUGUUAAAACUGUAGCUGCUCCAGUGCACGUUGCUUCCGCUCCUGCUGCUCCUCUGUUCCAAUCAUUCGCUGGUCACGGUGACUCUUCUCUCCACCAUUACACUGCUCCUGUUGCUUCCUCCCUUCAUUUCACCCCUGUAGUAGCUUCUGCUAUUCAAGGAAUUAAAACUGCCCCUGCACACCACGCUUCUUCUUACUCUAGCUUGUCUAUUGGUCACUCUGCUCCAUCGAGCGGUUUGGGUGCUUCUUCUCUUCAUGUUGCUCCAGCUGUCCAUGCAGUCCCUGUAGUUCAUGCCGCUCCCGCUGUCCACUCUGCUCCUGUUUUCCAUUCUGCUCCUGCCAUCCACGCUGCACCAGCUGUUCAUGUUGCACCAGCUGUCCAUGUAGCACCAGCAGCUGCUCAUCAUGUCGAAGAAUAUGUACUUUGCACUGUUCUAUUGGUGGCUUGCGCCCAAGCUGCCCACGAGGCCUUGUCCACAGUAUCCUUCAACGACCAUCAUAACACGGUGCAUCACAUUCACUCAGCUCCAUCUAUUGUUAAAACUGUAGCUGCUCCAGUGCACGUUGCUUCCGCUCCUGCUGCUCCUCUGUUCCAAUCAUUCGCUGGUCACGGUGACUCUUCUCUCCACCAUUACACUGCUCCUGUUGCUUCCUCCCUUCAUUUCACCCCUGUAGUAGCUUCUGCUAUUCAAGGAAUUAAAACUGCCCCUGCACACCACGCUUCUUCUUACUCUAGCUUGUCUAUUGGUCACUCUGCUCCAUCGAGCGGUUUGGGUGCUUCUUCUCUUCAUGUUGCUCCAGCUGUCCAUGCAGUCCCUGUAGUUCAUGCCGCUCCCGCUGUCCACUCUGCUCCUGUUUUCCAUUCUGCUCCUGCCAUCCACGCUGCACCAGCUUCUCAUCCAAAAUACGAAUUCGCUUAUGGAGUUGAGGAUCACCACACUGGUGACAUCCAUUCCCAUAAAGAAGCUCGCGACGGUGAUGUCACCCAUGGCGAAUACUCCCUCCACGAAGCUGAUGGUACCAUCAGAACUGUUAAGUACACAGUGGAUAAACAUAGCGGUUUCAACGCUGUAGUGGAAAGAACAGGACAUUCUACCCAUGCUCAACCAGCCCCAUCUAAAGUUAUUGUAGCCAAAGCCCCUGUAGCAGUUCCAACCUACAAUCACCAUCAUUAG